AUAAUAAUAAUAAUAAUAAUAAUAAUAAUUAAUUUAUUAGUUGAUGCAAAAGUCAUCCAAUUCUUGAACAGCAUUUAUUCAACCGUCAUGAGCGUCUGGACGGUCUUCUUUGUCCAGCGCUCCAUCUGGUGGCGAGAACUGUUACUGUACCUCCUCGUGGACAUCUGAGAUCACGAGGAGAGGGGACAUGUGCGGGCAAGUACCUCAGAAAUUAAGGUGAUCAUGUUGUGGUGUCAGUCACAGCAUUUUUCAGCUGAGUGAGACGCAGAGUGGCGGUCUGAAGUUAUCAGUUCCCCCGCUGAACGCGAGUCAUCUCCGGCAUGAGCUCCAGCGCAGUUACGGUGGAAACAGGACAACAGAAACUGGUCGAUUACUCUUGAAUUACUUCUAAAUGUUUAAUUUUUUACUUCGAAUAUUUGUUAAACAAGCUUAAUUGUAGGCAAUAUGUAUUUUAUGUAAAACUAUAUAAAAUAUGAUAUACUAAAAAUAUGAUCGAAAAUAAUCAUGUAAAGUGGUUGUGUGGAGUAUUAAAAAAAGUUUAGAGGAUUUAUGUUAAUCUGUAAACAUUAAUUCAUGUAUGAAGUUUAAAAAAAAAAGUAUUAUAGUAAAAAUAAAUCAACCUAUUAUGCUGGGUUAAAUAAACAACCAAAUUUGCUGGGUAAAAUUAGCCCAACAUGUGUUCUGUCCUAUAUUUACCCAGCCCUUGGGUUGUUUAAACCCAGUAUUUUUUAGUCUGGAUGAACCGCAUCUGUAAUGUUAAGCAUAUCUUUUCCUGACAAACUACCAUAAGUAUGGAAAUAUGGCCGUCAUCAUCAUGAAUGUUGUAGCAGGUGAUGUAGAAUUCAUUUAUAAAGAACAGCUGUUCAUCACCAACGACCAUCUGUGGGGACCAAGAAAAAUUCUUUCAGCACCAUGGUUAGCGGACGGAUCGUCCUUAUCGCUGCUGCUUCUGCCCUGUCCUUCAUCCUCACGAGCUGUGAUGAUUCAUUUGACAAUCGCUCUUUGGAGAGUGUCAUAAAAACACAGGAGGAGAACAAUUUGAUAGAGGCACUGCAAGAGGUUCUUGAGAAGUUAAAGAAUAAACAACUCCCACAAACUGGAAAAAAGUUUAGUCUACUUCCUUCGUGUGAUGCAGGUGAGCAGUGUGCAGUGCGUAAAGGUGCAAGAGUUGGCAAGUUAUGCGGCUGUCCACAAGGAACAUCAUGCCACUUUUUUAUUUUGAAAUGCCUUUAAUCAGAUAAAUGAUGUAAAAUCUAGUCGUUUUCCCUUUUACUUCAGACACUGCAUUCGUUUCACAUUACCGCUGUGUAAAAUGCCUUGCAAAUUCCAAAUAAAGUCAUGAAUUAUUGAAUGGUUGGGUUGUUUUGCUUUCCUCACCUACAUUUUUUCUAAUGUAGAGUGAAUG